AUGAAAUUCUUAUCCUUAUUUCUCGUCUCAGCUCUCUCUAGCAUUGUUUUAGCCGAAGAAACAGUUUAUAUUACCAUCACAGAUUAUGAAGCUACUUUGACCACCACCGUUUGCGAAGUUAGUCCCUCUGAAGAAAGCGAAUCGUCGGUUGAAAUAUUUGAAAUCAGCGAGUUAACUUCCGAUUUCACAUCAACAAUUGCCGGUGUCAGUUCUGAUCACACGCUCACUUCUACUAUUGAAAGCACAUACAGUCCUUCCACAUUAUCAACCGAAUCUUUAUCUUCAAUUCCAUCCUUAGUUUCUUCUUCAGCUCCAUCCUUAGUUUCUUCUUCAGCUCCAUCUUCGGUUUCAUCUUCUCCAGUUUCAGCAUCAUCUGGAUUUUCAUCUGAAUUUUCAUCUGGAUCGUCAUCUGAAUUUUCGUCUGGAUCAUCAUCUAGUAGAAGCACUAUCACUUCAACCAUCGUUGCUUCUUCCUCUGCUGCAGGUGAAGACAGCACUACUGGGGCCUCUUCAGCCAGCUCUGUAGCUGGCGCUCCAUUGAAUAUGAAUUCCCUAAUCUCAUCCUCCUCUUCCUAUUCUACUUCCACCUCUGCUUCUUUUGUUUCUUCUCCUUCUCCUCCAUCUCCUCCAUCUUCCUCAUCUCUUUCCAUCCACUCAAUUCGCAACAAUUAUCAUUAUUACACGAAUCAAAUACAACACACAAACAUAAAAUCCAGGGACAUCUCUUGUAAUAUAACUUCAACUGAAAACUCAAUUCUUCAAUAUUCCUCUGCUACCUCAAACUCAAUUAAUCACGCCAACACAAUUGAUACUACCAACACUAAAAUGGAUCAAAAAUACGAAAAUUUACACCAAAGCCUCUCUCCAGACUUUAUUGGCUUGAAAAAUAUAUUCACCAUCAAAAAUAACCCAAACUCUAUAGACCUAUUGAACAUUGACCAAGCUCUCAAGGAAUUUGUCAUAAAAAACAACGGUCACACUAUUAUACAAAAGGUCUUAAUCGCCAACAAUGGUAUCGCUGCUGUCAAAAAUAUCAGAUCCAUUCGAAAAUGGUCCUAUGAAACCUUUGGCAACGACAAAACCAUAAAAUUCGUUGUCAUGGCCACCCCUGAGGAUUUGUCUGCAAACGCUGAAUACAUUAGAAUGGCCGAUCAAGUCGUUGAAGUUCCAGGUGGAACCAACAAUAACAACUACGCAAACGUCGAUCUAAUUCUUGAUAUCGCUGAAAGAUCUGAUGUCGAUGCUGUUUGGGCUGGUUGGGGCCAUGCCUCUGAAAACCCUUUAUUGCCUGAAAAAUUAGCUGCUUCUCCUAAAAAAAUCAUCUUCAUCGGCCCCCCAGGAACUGCCAUGAGAUCUCUCGGUGACAAAAUCUCCUCCACUAUCGUAGCCCAACAUGCUAAAGUUCCCUGUAUUCCUUGGUCUGGUACUGGCAUUGACCAGGUACACAUCAAUGAAAAAAACGGUCUCGUCUCAGUCGACGAUGAAAUCUAUAUCAAAUGUUGCUGCACCUCUCCUCAAGAUGGUUUAAAGAAAGCUAAGAAAAUCGGUUUCCCUGUAAUGAUCAAGGCCUCAGAAGGUGGUGGUGGUAAAGGUAUCAGAAAAGCUGAAUCUGAAGACAAUUUUGUCAGCCUUUAUGAACAAGCUGCCCACGAAAUCCCAGGCUCUCCAAUCUUUAUAAUGAAAUUGGCCGGCAACGCAAGACACAUUGAAGUCCAAAUUCUAUCUGAUCAAUACAAAAACACAAUCUCUCUCUUUGGCAGAGAUUGCUCGGUUCAAAGACGUCACCAAAAAAUCAUCGAAGAAGCCCCCGUAACUAUCGUCAAACCAAAAACUUUCCAAAAAAUGGAACAAGCUGCUGUUCGUUUGGGUAACUUGGUUGGCUACGUCUCUGCUGGUACAAUUGAGUAUCUAUACUCCCACAUCGAUGAUAAAUUCUAUUUUCUCGAAUUGAAUCCAAGAUUGCAAGUCGAACAUCCAACAACAGAAAUGGUCAGUGGUGUUAACUUACCAGCUGCCCAAUUGCAAGUAGCAAUGGGUAUACCCUUGGAAUUAAUCCAGGAUAUUCGUCUAUUUUAUGGUGCCGAUCCUCACACUCAAACCCCAAUAGACUUUUCUUUUGAUAACCCAGAGUCCUUGAAAUCUCAAAGAAAACCAACUGCAAAGGGUCAUGUCACUGCUUGUCGUAUCACUUCUGAAGAUCCAAAUGAAGGUUUCAAACCAUCUGGUGGUAGUUUGCACGACUUGAACUUUAGAUCUUCUUCAAACGUUUGGGGUUACUUUUCUGUUGGUAACAACGGUGGUAUCCAUUCCUUUUCUGACUCUCAGUUUGGCCAUAUUUUUGCCUUUGGUGAAAAUAGAGCCUCUUCAAGAAAACACAUGAUUGUCGCUUUGAAAGAAUUGUCCAUUAGAGGUGAUUUCAGAACUACUGUCGAAUAUUUAAUCAAACUACUAGAAACCUCAGAUUUCGAAGACAACACCAUUACUACUGGCUGGUUGGAUGAAUUAAUAUCAAAAAAAUUAACCGCCGAAAGACCAGAUCCAACAAUCGCUGUCAUUUGUGGAGCCAUUACAAAAGCUUUCCAGCAAAGUGAAAUCAAUAAAAACAGCUAUGUAUCCUUGCUAGAAAAGGGCCAAGUUCCUCCAAAGGAAUUACUAAAAACGAUUUUCAUAAUUGAUUUUAUUUAUGACAACAUGAAAUAUAAAUUCACCUGUGCAAAGACUUCAAACGAUAGCUACAAAGUCUUUAUUAAUGGCUCUCAAGUUGAUGUCAUUGCAAGACCUUUGAGUGAUGGCGGUUUAUUAGUAGCUCUUGGUGGAAGCUCUCAUACUGUUUAUUAUAAAGACGAAGUUGAAAGCACAAGAUUAUCCGUAGAUUCAAAAACUUGUCUUUUAGAAGUCGAAAAUGAUCCAACCCAAUUAAGAACUCCUUCCCCUGGUAAGUUGGUCAAAUACUUAGUCGAAGAUGGCGAUCACCUUAAAUCAGGUGCACCUUAUGCCGAAGUUGAAGUCAUGAAAAUGGUCAUGCCCUUGAUUACCUCGGAAGAUGGUAUUGUUUCCUUAUUGAAACAACCUGGUUCUAUUGUUAACGCUGGGGAUAUUUUAGCCAUUUUAGCGCUCGAUGAUCCAACUAAAGUUGUUCAUGCUAAACCAUUUGAAGGCACCUUAAGAUCUUUUGGCCCUGCUAAAAUUGCUGAGGUUAAAUCCUUUGAUAAAUUUAAAACUGUUUUUAAUGUUUUGGAAAAUAUCCUUCAAGGUUACGAUAACCAAGUUGUUAUGAAGAGUUGCUUCAAAGAUUUAUUAUCUGCAUUGAGAGAUCCUCAAUUACCUUUCAGUGCUUGGGAUAAAGAAAUAUCAAAUUUCAGCUCAAGAUUAGAACAAUCCUUUGUAGAAAGAAUUAAUCAUAUUGUUGAAAAGGGUAAAUUUUCUAAUAAAUUCCCUGCCAAACUACUUAAAAAAUUACUCAUGAGAUAUUUAAAUACAAACCCUGAAGAUAAAGAAUCCGUUAAACUCUUAAUUGAUAUUUGUGAUAAGUUUUAUAAUGGAUUGCUUUCUCAUGAAUUGAAAAUAAUUUCAUGUCUAUUGGAUAAAUACUAUGAAACUGAAAUAUUGUUUAUCGGAAAGGAUGUUGAAGAAGUCAUCUUAUCAAUUAGAGAUAAUCAAGAUAUUAACAAAGUUGUUGAAGUUGUUUUAAGUCACUCUGGUGUUGUUGCCAAAAAUAACUUGGUCUUGGAAAUCUUAAAUCAUUACCAAUCAUUAUGUCAGCAAUCUUCAGAAUUGUCAUCAUUCUUAAAAGAACCAUUAAGAAAAUUGGUAGAAUUAGAAUCCAGAAGCACAGCUAAAGUUGCCUUAAAGGCCAGAGAAAUCUUAAUUCAAUGUUCUUUACCAACAUUUAAAGAAAGAUCAGACCAAUUAGAACACAUUUUAAAAUCAUCUGUGGUUGAAACACACUAUGGUGAAAUUGGUGUUUCUCAUAGAAAGCCUCAAAUGGAAAUCUUAAAAGAUGUUAUUGAUUCCAAAUACGUUGUCUUUGAUGUUUUAACACAGUUUUUGAAUCAUAAAGACGCUUAUGUUGCAUUGGCUGCAGCUGAAGUUUACAUCAGAAGAGCUUACAGAUCUUAUUCUAUAAACGAAAUUAAUCAUUAUCCUGGUGAUAUCCCAUUUAUUUCCUGGAAAUUUCAAAUGGUCGACCCUGGCUUUAAAACCAAAGAAGAAGGCUCAUCAGCCCCUAUGGGUAGAGCUGUAUCUGUGUCAGAUUUAUCAUUUAUCGUUGAUAAGAACUCAUCACAACCCCUCAGAAUCGGUUUGUUGGUUCCUUGUGUUCAUAUUGAAGAUAUUGAUGAAAACAUUGUUAAAGCAUUAGAGUCUAUUCCAAAACGUGAAACAUUCAGUAUUUUUACAGGCCCAGUUCCAAACAGAUCACAAAACAAAAAAGAAACUCUAGGUGUUUUGAGUAAUAUUUGUAAUGUUUUUGUUGGAAGUGUUUCAGGUUAUUCUAAUGAAACUGAAAUACUUGAUAGAAUAAAGGAAUAUUUGGAAGAUUUUAAAGAAGAUUUAAUUGCAAGUUCUAUUCGUCGUAUCACAUUUGUUUUAGAAAGUGAAGAUGGAUCAUAUCCUAAAUACUAUACUUUUACAGGUCCCAAAUAUCAGGAAAACACAGUUAUUCGUCAUGUUGAACCGGCACUUGCUUUCCAAUUGGAAUUGAAUAGAUUGUCCAAUUUCAACAUCAAACCAGUUUUUACAAACAACAGAAACAUCCAUAUUUAUGAAGCCGUUGGAAAAAACUCAACUGUUGAUAAAAGAUACUUUACUAGAGGUAUAAUCAGAACAGGUAGAAUUCGUGAUGGUAUCUCAACAGCAGAAUAUUUAACAUCUGAAGCUAACCGUUUAAUGUCUGAUAUUCUCGAUAGUCUAAGUGUUAUUGAUUUAAGCAACUCGGAUCUUAAUCACAUUUUUAUUAAUUUCUCAGCUUUCUUCAAUGUCACUCCCAAGGAUGUUGAAGCUGCCUUUGGUGGGUUUUUGGAAAGAUUCGGUAGAAGGUUAUGGAGAUUAAGAAUCACAGCUGCUGAAAUUCGUAUAACUUGUACAGAUCCAAACUCGGGUAUUACAUUCCCAUUAAGAGCAUUUAUUAACAACGUUUCUGGAUUUGUUGUCAAGUCAGAACUUUAUACUGAAGUUAAAAAUACUGAAGGACAAUGGAUCUUUAAAUCAAUUGCAUCCCAACCUGGACCAAUGCAUUUGAGAGCCAUUGAUACACCAUACUCAGGCAAGGAAUGGUUGCAACCCAAAAGAUAUAAAGCUCAUCUUAUGGGAACAACAUAUGUUUACGAUUUCCCAGAGUUAUUCAAGCAGGCAGUUUUAACACAAUGGAAGAAACAUGUACCUAAUGCUAAGAUUCCAUUUGAUUUUUUCGCUUACAAAGAAAUUAUUUAUGAUGGAUCAGAACUUCAUUUCAUUGAACGUGAACCUGGUGCCAAUUCUAUUGGUAUGGUUGGGUUUAAAUUGGACGUGAAAACUCCAGAAUAUCCUGAAGGCCGUUCAUUGCUAGUUGUUGCAAACGAUAUCACUUUCAAAAUCGGUUCUUUUGGUCCUGAAGAAGACGUAUUAUUCAAUAAAAUCACCGAAUUUGCUAGAAAAACUGGAUUACCAAGAAUUUAUCUUUCUGCCAAUUCUGGUGCCAGAAUCGGUCUUGCUGAUGAGUUGAUUGCAUUGUUCAAAGUGUCAUGGAAUGAAGAAGGCAAACCAGAAAAAGGAUUUGAUUAUCUUUAUUUGGAUGACGAAGGUAAGGAAGAAUUUGCUAAAUCUAAUAAUUCAUCUAUCAUCACUGAAGAAGUCACUUAUAAAGGCGAAAAGCGUCAUGUUAUUAAAUCUAUUCACAGCAAGAGUGUUGGUGUUGAUGCGCUUAGAGGAUCAGGUUUGAUUGCAGGCGCAACUUCAAGAGCUUAUAAUGAUAUCUUUACAAUCAGUUUAGUGACAUGCAGAUCCGUUGGUAUUGGUGCCUAUCUUGUUAGACUUGGUCAAAGAGCAAUUCAAAUUGAAGGGCAGCCAAUUAUCCUUACAGGUGCUCCAGCUAUCAACAAGCUUUUAGGAAAACAAGUUUACAGUUCUAAUUUACAAUUGGGAGGUACUCAAAUUAUGUACAGAAAUGGUGUUUCUCAUUUGACUGCUGCUGAUGAUCUUGAGGGUGUCGAGAAAAUUAUGGAAUGGCUAUCAUAUGUUCCAUCGCAAAGAGGAGCACCUGUUCCUAUUUUAGAAAAUGAAAGCGAUUCCUGGAACAGAGAUGUUGAAUAUGCUCCUGUCAGAGAUGAAGUUUAUGAUGCUAGAUGGCUAAUUGAAGGUAAAGUUGAAGAAGAUGGGGAGUACUUAUCUGGUCUUUUUGACAGAGAUUCUUUCACUGAAACAUUAUCUGGCUGGGCUAAAGGUGUUGUCGUUGGAAGAGCCAGAUUAGGAGGUAUACCAUUUGGUGUCAUUGCAGUUGAGGCCAGAACAGUGGAAAACUUGAUUCCAGCUGAUCCAGCUAAUCCAGAAUCUACAGAGGUCUUAAUUCAAGAAGCAGGACAAGUGUGGUAUCCUAAUUCUGCUUUUAAAACUGCUCAAGCCAUUAACGAUUUCAACAACGGUGAAGAAUUACCAAUGAUGAUUUUAGCCAAUUGGAGAGGUUUCUCCGGUGGUCAACGUGAUAUGUUCAAUGAGGUGUUGAAAUAUGGUUCAUUUAUUGUUGAUGCGUUAGUUAAAUACAAACAGCCAGCAUUUAUUUAUAUUCCUCCUACUGGAGAAUUAAGAGGUGGUUCAUGGGUUGUUGUUGAUCCUACUAUCAAUUCUGAUAUGAUGGAAAUGUAUGCGGAUGUUGAGGCUAGAGCUGGUGUUUUAGAACCUCAAGGUAUGACUGGUAUCAAGUACAGAUCAGAUAAAUUAAUAAAAACCAUGGAGAGGUUAGACAAAACAUAUGCAGAUCUCAAGAAACAGUUAAGCAGCGAGUCAUUAAAUCCAUCAGAACGUGUUGAAAUCCAAGCCAAAUUGAAAGCCAGAGAAAGAGCAUUACUUCCAGUCUAUUCACAAAUUGCUGUUCAAUUUGCAGAUUUGCAUGAUAGAACUCCUCAUAUGGUUAAGAGAGGAACAAUUAGAAGAGAAUUGCAGUGGGAAAAUUCCAGACGCUUCUUUUACUUACGUACAAGAAGAAGAUUACAUGAAGAAUAUAUUCUCAAACAAAUUGCAAAGGAGUUGCAAAACUCUACAAGAUUAAAACAAAUAGCUAUAUUAAAAAGUUGGUUACCUGCUACAUUAGAUUAUGAAAAUGAUCAAGAAGUUGCCAACUACUUGGAAAUUAAUGGUAAAGAAAUUGAAAAGAAGCUUUCUAAUCUCAAAGAAGAGUAUGUGAAAAAUUCUUUAUUCAAUUUGUUAAGAGUUAAUCGUGAUGAGUUUGUUAAUAGUCUAUCAGAUGUGAUUGGAUUGUUGUCGGAUGAAGAUAAGAAAAAACUAUUUGACAAAUAA